AUGAGCUUGCGGAGCACUUUGUCUGCUAUCUCUCAGUGUCAGCGAGACCGAGAAUAACUCGACAGACACAGGAUCAUCCAACUUCUCUGUGCUAACAACAGCCAGCAUGUGUGAGCCACUACCCAAGGAGAGGACCAUUGAGCUGAGGAAAAAACACAUAGGGCCAUCAUGCAAAGUAUUUUUCGCUAAAGAUCCAAUCAAGAUUGUACGGGCAAAGGGGCAAUAUAUGUUCGAUGAAAGAGGAGAGAAGUACUUGGACUGCAUUAACAAUGUAGCUCACGUUGGACACAGCCAUCCCGAGGUGACAAAGGCUGCUGUAAAACAGAUGGAGUUGCUAAACACAAACUCUAGGUUUCUGCACGACAACCUAGUUCAGUAUGCCGAGCGGUUAACGUCCACCCUCCCAGAGAAGCUUUCUGUCUGCUAUUUUGUAAACUCUGGUUCGGAAGCCAAUGAUCUUGCAUUACGAUUGGCUCGACAAUGCACUGGUCAUGAAGAUGUGAUAACUCUUGACAGUGCUUAUCAUGGUCAUGUCACAUCUUUAAUCGAUAUCAGUCCUUACAAAUUUCUUCAGCUUGGAAAGGAAGCCAAAAAGGAUUAUGUGCAUGUGGCUCCUUCUCCUGACAUCUACAGAGGAAAAUAUAGGGAAGAUCACCCGGACCCAGGGGCAGCAUAUGCUAAGGAAGUAUAUGACAUCAUUAGGGAAGUUCAGCAAAAAAAUCGCAAGAUUGCUGCAUUUAUUGCAGAGUCCAUGCAGAGUUGCGGAGGCCAGAUUAUUCCACCACCAGGAUACUUCCAGAAGGUGGCAGAAUAUGUCCAUGAAGCAGGUGGAGUAUUCAUCGCAGAUGAAGUCCAAGUUGGAUUUGGAAGAGUUGGAUCACACUUCUGGAGUUUUCAACUGCAAGGAGAGGACUUUGUGCCAGAUAUUGUCACCAUGGGAAAGCCAAUUGGAAAUGGACACCCAAUGUCUUGUGUUGUAACAACUAAAGAAAUUGCAGAAGCCUUUGGAGCGAGUGGACUGGAAUAUUUUAAUACGUUUGGUGGUAACCCAGUGUCUUGUGCUAUUGGUAUGGCUGUGAUGGAUAUUAUCGAAAAGGAAGGCCUGAGGGGGAAUGCUGUAAGAGUGGGACACUAUCUAGUGGAACUCUUAAACGAACUAAAGGAGAAGCAUGAACUGAUUGGUGAUAUCAGGGGAGCGGGCUUGUUUGUUGGAGUGGAUCUUGUUAAGGACAGACAACUGAGAACUCCUGCAACAGCUGAGGCCCAGCACAUAAUCUAUAAAUUGAAAGAAAGACGAAUUCUUCUAAGUGCAGAUGGCCCGCACAGAAAUGUUCUCAAAUUCAAACCUCCAAUGUGCUUUACAAAGGAAGAUGCCAAAACAGUGGUAGAUGCAAUUGAUGAAUUUCUUACAGUUUUGGAAGCAGCAGCUGGAAACAAAUCAAAAAUGGUUACUCAAGGAAGUAAAGGGAUCAAAAGAAAAGAGAAUGGCGAGAGCUGUAGUGAUAUCUCUGUUGAAGGAGAGAAGACAUGGUCCGACCAGCCAAAGGAAAAUGUAAAUAAUCGACAAGGAAGUGCCUGUAGGCAAGGACGUGGAUUUUCCUCUGAGAAACAUUCAACCAAAAGAAUCAGAACAUGAACAGUUACUGUAAAGAAGACAUAUUGGUUGUCGAUGGUUGGAUUUUAGCUAAACAUUUUUUUAUUGAUCGCUAUUUUAUAUGCUGUAUGCCUGUAAUUUUAAUAUAUGAUAUUGAAAUGUUAACAAUAUCCAUGUUUUAAUGGCUGAAAUCUGUGCUUUUUAGCAAUUCCACAUGGGUUCUUUUUAGAAUGUUUUAUGCCAGUCUUGGAAUCUUUCUAAACUUCGCUCAUAUUGCUUGAUUUAACACAAACAGGAUCUCCCUACCCAGGCUGCAGUUCUUUUUAGAAAAGUUUAACUGGUUUAGUUGGUUUUCUUGCGUAACUGUCUAACAAAGGUGUUUUUUUAAAUGGGUGUUGCAGUGGAACCUGUUCCUGUCUUCAGGGCAUAUGUUUGUCAUAUUUUUAAAUUCAGAGUGAAGAGUUUAUCUAACUCAAGGUGCUACAGAAAUUUAGCAAUUUAGCUUUUUGCAUGUGUUUAAUAUGCCGUCUAGAAAAUAUGUACCAUUAAUGUAUGUUUUAGCAUGUGUAUCAAACAGGCAUGUAAUCUGAGUAGAUUGAAUUUCUCAAUAUAAAGACUUGUUUGUUUGAUUUCAGUGCUGAUAGUCAUUUGUAUUAUAUUAUGUGUGGAAAAACAUAUGGUGAUAUUCCACUAUUAAUUAGUUUUACUAUUACUUGAAUAACCUUAACAAUGCCAAUAAAGGCUACAUAACUUGUU